AUGAGUCAUAUGUUUAAUUUGCCUGUACCGCCCUACCAACAAGUACUUUUGGUAGAGGAUUACAGUAGCUCAUGGAUAGGAACAAUGCACGUCACCAAUAUAUAUUCCAGCAAUGGUUAUAAUCCGUUCAAUGCGCUCAAUCCAUUCUUCAAUCAGUGGAAUCCAUUCUCGGGCGGAUGGUUUGGUCCCUAUUGGCUAGAAAACAUAACUCAGCAUAUUGAAAAAGCUAUUAACGAGAGUAUGAAGGCAUUUGGUGGUGGUGGUAUUGGUGGAACAACUAUAUCUACGAUCGAACGGAGUCACGACGGUCACGGCGACCAUCGGUGGGAAAGCAAUACACAGCCACUUUUCCGGGAGGCAGCUCCAUCUCGACCAUGA